AUGUCAGCAAUGUCUCGGAUGGCGGUCAUUGCUCUAACCUGUACACUAGUUCUGUUGGAUGUUCAUGGGCAAUAUUGGAGCCGGAGUUAUCAAGUGAGCUUCAGUGAUAAUCGACGAGUUUAUUACCAUGGGGAUAUAAUACAGUGCACUGGUAAACGACGGAUUUGGCACCCAUUUUAUCGGUUUUCUGAUAGGUAUGAAAUAGCUGAUAUUGAUAUUGUUAUCCAACAAUAUCUGACAAACGGAACACGUGUGGAAUUAACGUCAUGUCCAUUUAGUGACGGUUACCGAUGUUCGGCCCAUCUCAUCGACGACGGAUGUAGAGAAGUGAAUGUAGCAUGUUCAGUUACAAAAAAUGAGACGGAGUUUGAUAAAAUAUCAAGGGAGAUUGUUAUGACCAGCAGACCAUCCAUUAAAGCUUUUCACAUUCACUAUAAAAAUGUGAGUAGUGACAAUUACACACAAGUUUUCCCAACGGGAAGUUUAAUAGAGUUGAUUUGCAGUGGAGAUUGA